GCCCCGGCUCCAGCUCCCCCCCCCCUCACGUCCCCACCCCUCCGCUUCAUCCAUUGUUGGGCAACAGCCUGCGACAUCGAAACAAUCGUGACCGAAACUUUCCAGACACCAUGACGAGCAUCAACACAGCAAACAUCAACUUUAAAUGGGAUCCAAAGAGCCUAGAGAUCCGCACUCUUGCAGUGGAGAGGCUGCUGGAGCCCCUGGUCACCCAGGUAACUACUUUGGUAAACUCCAGCAACAAAGGUCCAUCUAACAAGAAGAAGGGACGCUCAAAGAAGGCUCAUGUUUUGGCUGCUUCAGUGGAAACUGCUACCCAGAACUUCUUGGAGAAAGGAGAAAAGAUUGCAAAGGAAAGUCAGUUCCUUAAGGAUGAGCUGACUGCAGCCGUGGAAGAUGUCCGCAAGCAAGGUGAGUCCAUGCGCCAGUCUUCUGGAGAAUUUGCAGAAGACCCCUGCUCUUCUGUGAAGAGGGGUAAUAUGGUUCGUGCUGCCAGAGCCCUCCUGUCAGCAGUCACACAUCUCUUGGUGCUUGCUGACAUGUCUGAUGUCUAUAAACUUCUACUUCAACUGAAACUGGUGGAGGACAAUCUGGUGAAAGUGCGUAAUGCAGGAACAGAACAGGACCUGGGAAUCCAAUAUAAGGCCUUGAAACCAGAGGUGGACAAGCUUAACAUCAUGGCUGCAAAGAGACAACAGGAACUGAAGGACGUCCAGCACAAGGACCAAAUGGCUGCUGCUCGUGGGGUUCUCCAGAGGAACAUCCCCAUGCUGUACACAGCGUCCCGUGCUUGCCUCCAGCACCCCGAUGUGGCAGCCUACAAGGCUAACCGUGACCUCAUCUACAAACAGCUGCAGCAUGCAGUCUCGGGAAUCUCCAACGCCGCUCAGGCCACCGCAUCUGAAGACUCUGCACUCAGUCAGCCAGCAGGGGGUGGCGAGCUUGCCUAUGCCCUCAACAAUUUUGAUAAACAAAUCAUCGUGGACCCUCUGGCGUUUAGUGAGGAGCGUUUCCGUCCCUCCCUGGAGGAGCGCCUUGAGAGCAUUAUCAGUGGUGCUGCCCUCAUGGCCGACUCAUCUUGCACACGUGAUGACCGCAGGGAGCGCAUCGUGGCCGAAUGUAAUUCUGUGCGCCAGGCUCUUCAGGACCUUCUGUCCGAGUAUAUGGGCAAUGCUGGAAGGAAGGACAGGAGUGAUGCUCUGAACACAGCCAUUGACAGGAUGACAAAGAAAACCAGAGACCUUCGCAGACAGCUGCGUAAAGCUGUAAUGGACCAUGUCUCAGACUCUUUUUUGGAGACUAAUGUUCCCCUUUUGGUGCUGAUCGAAGCUGCGAAGAACGGCAACGAGAAAGAAGUCAAGGAAUAUGCACAGGUGUUCCGCGAACAUGCCAACAAGCUGAUCGAGGUUGCCAACCUGGCAUGCUCCAUCUCAAACAAUGAGGAGGGAGUGAAACUGGUUCGCAUGGCAGCAUCUCAACUGGAAACUCUAUGCCCACAGGUGAUUAAUGCAGCGUUAGCCCUUGCUGCCAAGCCCAACAGUAAGGUGGCCCAGGACAAUAUGGAUUUGUUCAAGGAGCAGUGGGAGAAGCAGGUUUGCGUCCUCACUGAUGCUGUUGAUGACAUAACAUCCAUUGACGACUUCCUUUGUGUGUCUGAGAACCACAUCCUGGAGGAUGUGAAUAAGUGUGUCAUCGCUCUGCAGGAGAAAGAUGUUGAUGGGUUGGAUCGCACUGCUGGGGCGAUUCGAGGCCGAGCUGCAAGAGUCGUCCAUGUGGUCACUUCUGAAAUGGACAAUUAUGAACCUGGAAUCUACACAGAGAAAGUGUUGGAAGCAACCAAGCUCCUCACUGACACAGUCAUGCCACGGUUCACCGAGCAAGUGGAGUCUGCGGUGGAGGCUUUGAGUUCAAAUCCUUCACAACCUGUGGGUGAGAACGAGUUCAUUGACGCAUCCCGUCUGGUAUAUGAUGGCAUUCGCGACAUCCGCAAGGCUGUCCUCAUGAUCCGAACCCCAGAAGAGUUGGACGACUCUGACUUUGAGGCUGCAGAGUCUGAAAUUCGCAGCAGGACCAGCGUGCAGACAGAGGAUGACCAGCAUUUUGCUGGCCAGAGUGCACGGUUACGAACAGGACCAAGAGGAAAAGGGCCACUGAAGAAUACGUCUGAUGUCAUCAGUGCUGCCAAAAAAAUCGCAGAGGCAGGAUCAAGAAUGGACAAGCUGGGCCGCACCAUCGCUGACAAUUGCCCCGACUCUACCUGCAAGCAGGACCUGCUGGCCUACCUGCAGCGUAUCGCCCUGUACUGUCACCAGCUCAACAUCUGCAGCAAAGUCAAGGCCGAGGUUCAGAACCUGGGAGGAGAACUGGUGGUGUCAGGGCUGGACAGCGCCAUGUCGCUCAUCCAGGCUGCAAAGAACCUGAUGAACACAGUGGUGUCCACCGUCAAGGCCUCCUACGUGGCAUCCACUAAGUACCAGAAGAGCAAAGGCAUGGAGUCCCUCAAUAUGCCGGCCAUCUCCUGGAGGAUGAAAGCUCCCGAGAAGAAGCCUCUGGUGAAGAGAGAGAAGCAGGAUGACCAGACCAACAGAGUCAAGAGAUCCUCGCAGAAGAAACACAUCAACCCUGUGCAGGCUCUGAGCGAGUUUAAAGCCAUGGAUAGCAUCUAGACUCGUCUGCAUUUGAUUCCAGACAACACAAAAUAUCGACCAGUGAGUUUAUAUAGAGAUCGAGCUCGUCGUUCUUUCAAAGAGAAAAAAAUGUUUUAACAUAUUUGUUCUAUCUUCCUAUAGACGGCUUGUUUGUUUGACCAAUUAUAUUCCUACACGGCCUCAUUUCUCUUCCAUAAGUUCAGAUGUGCUCUAGUCUGUAGUAUUAAUUGUCUCUUAUCUGGAAAAUACAGUCAGAGGGAAAUCAACUGGACAAAGGCAUUUUUUAAAAAUAUUUUUCCUUUUUCUCUCAUGUUAAUUAGAGGAAAGGGUGUGGAUUUCAUAGAUGAUAUCAUGAUUAAUUCCAGGAGGCAUUUAAUUGUUUUGUUCUAACCAGUUUUAAAGUAAUAGUAUGGGGUCUCUGGUGUUUUACGCUAUAAUGUUUGAUUAAGGCAAAACAUACCCUCUGUACUGCAGAUGUCAACUAUGCAAAUUCUCAACUGCCUUAUUGUAGUUCACAUGGAUGUGCUGGGUUAAUAAUAGAUAUAAAUAUGUUCUGGUUCAACCUUAAAGAACCAAACUCAAUAUAUUUCCAUGUUUUCUUACAUUUUUCUAACUGUAUACAUUGUUAUGCCACUAUAAACAGUCACAUAAGUUUAAACUGACUAUAAACACUAUUUUCAAAAUCAUGAUUUAUGAUUUAUAAGCACCCUGUUAACAUUUGGACUGAUAAUGUUGUUUUUUUUUUAAUUUAAGCAUCUCACAUUCAUUUUUCUUGAUGUUUUUUUUUUUAUGUUCACAUGAUGCAGCAAACCAAAGGUCUUCUCUGCCUUCUGUUUUGCUACAGGACUGGUACAUGUCCCCUAUCGUAAACUCGGGGUACACACAUCUACGCAGUCCAAACUUUGUAAAGAAGCCUCAUUGCUGCUCAGUGAAGGAGAACCCAGUGGACUAAACAAUGACUCGACCACGUGCUGGUACUCCCCACAGCAGAUGAGCUUCAUUAAAUGUCAAUGAGACCAAACACUUCCACAAUCUCAGAAUGAGACCAGCUUGAGGGAUCAAUAUGUUUUGUCUCCACAGUUAGGAGGUAGUCGAGGAAAAGAGGGGAUUUCAAUGACUUUUAAGUCUCCUUGUUUGUCUUCCUACAUUUACUCUAAUCAAGAUUUUGUUAUGUCAAGCACAAUCUUAACAAAAGAAACUAGAAACAAGUUGCGAGGUGUUGGAGCUUUAAAAUGAAACAGGAGAAAGUUGGGGGUUGUGUACUUCAGGCAACAACUGUGGGGUGGUCACUGUGCUGCCUCUUCUGCGCAUUGUACAAGCGAGGCUCUGAAAUCCUGCUGCUUCGGACGUGGGGCUGAAUCUUUUGUUUGGCUCGUUUGACAUCUGUGAACUAUAGCAGGGUGAGCAGGUAUAUGGUUAUUUGAUAGGUGGAUUUUUUAUACUGUAGAACUGAGUGUUUCCAGUAUGUUUUUCCUCCCAGUUUGUUUUCCUUAUGCUGUAUUAGAGUUUGGAUUUCAAUCUGGAGUGACAUCAAACUUCUUUGCUGUGGAUUUGUUUUUUGUUAUUGAGAGCUGACUUAUUAGUGCACACGUUUCUCAUAUUCAUGUGCCCGCUUUAUAUCCUAAUAAACAAUUGAAAUUAAACCAA